AUGUUCUCAGGAUCGAAACCGUACUCCGCUAUAACAGUGCAGAUUGAACGUCUCACUAGCGAGCAAUAUGAGGUUGAUGACUCUAGUGGAAUUGUCGAUCUCAUCGAAGUAGUGCGUCUACAAAGCAGCGGUCCGACGGAGGCGAGUAGAGCUCUCCGCAAGAAGCUCAAGUACGGAAAUGUUCAUCGACAACUACGGGCUCUUACUAUCCUAGAUUUUCUAAUCCAGAAUGCAGGAGAACGGUUCCUGCGUGGCUUUGCAGAUGAACCUCUGCUCGAAAGACUGCGCAUCGCUGCUACGGAUUCUCUUUCGGACGUCGAGGUUAAAGCGAAAUGCAAGCAACUGUUUGCGCAAUGGGCCGCCGCCUACAAAAACACUCCAGGUAUGGAGCGGGUGGCAGCUCUCUAUAAGCAGCUGCCGCAGCGUAAACAACCCGCACGCCAGGCGCAAGCGAAAGUCCUGAGGGAGACAGGAGAUGAACCACCAAUGGGUCAUUCUGUAUCUGUCUCCGCUGGAGACGGACCAUCAACGAUACUCACUAGUCCGAAACCGACCUCGUCUUCACACACACGCAAAUCCAGUCUAUUGAGCUCUUCGAAGAAGAAGGACAAAAGGAACACCAGAGGCCGGCCGUUCAACCUCGAAAAGGAGAAACCUGAGAUUCUGCAGACGAUCGCUGCCGCGUCAGUAGCCGGUACAAACCUAUUGAACGCUCUUAGACUGGUGGAUCGCGAAAGUCAGCGAGUGAGCGAUGACCCCGAAGUGAUGAACCGCUUUGAGUUAUGCAAGCAACUUAGACGACAAAUAUUGCGCUACAUCCAGCACGUCGAGAGCGAGGAGUUUCUGGGAGGUCUCAUCCAUGCCAACGAAGAGCUUGUCACUGCGCUAAUGGCCUUUGAGGUCCUGGACAAGAGCGUUGACUAUGAUUCGGACAGUGAUGAGAAUGGCGCUCUCGAGGGAUAUUCAUCGCCUACGAGAAGUAGCUACUCGCCGACGCGCGACAGGGAUCUUAGCGAAGGGUUUGCAGGAUUGGUCUUCGACAAAGCACCGCCCCGGCCGCCCAGGCCUACUAGUCUAUCCUUUAAUACCACCUCUUCAUCUGCCUUCCGGAACUCUCCAGGUGGUCGUAGCGAGACACAGACGGAGUCGGAGCCUGACGAUAGUGACGACGAAAAUAAUCCUUUCGGCGAUAGGAAUGCUAUCCGCACACCCGCUGUUGAAAAUCCCGAGCCUACUUGGAGAGAAGUUUAGACGUGGCUUUCUAGCCUUUGGUACCGCAAAGGUGUCCUGCGAUUUCAGCGUGCUUGGAUGGCGAUUAGUUAAAUACGUCUGGCCCCGAUCCUCGACAAU